CGAACAAAAUAUUCAAAGAGUUUCAUUGCAACAUUGCCUAUAUAGGUACUUUGUUUUCUUUUUCACUUGAUCAAGUCACACAUUAUUGGCACUUAUUACUCUUCUAAGGUUUGUAUGCAAUUAAUAUUACUUGUUGAUGAAGACCGUUAAAAACUGUGAAUCUGUGAAUUGUGGGCAUUCAUAAUAAUACGUUUUUUACUUACACCGUUUUUUUUUUUUUUUAUCGUUUGUUGUGUGCGAAAACAAUUUUAUUUUAAACAUGACCACUUUGUUGGAUCGUUUGCAAGAACAUUUGGUGAAAAAACGCCAAGGUUUGAGUGAUGUACACGAAACGUUGAAAAAAAUUACUGGCCGCGAUACGUUUGAUGAUCAUUUAAACCAUGGGAAAUUCAAUAAGCGUUUACAAAUAGGUAUAGACCAAAAACAACAAUUAAAAGAACCAAUUAAGAAAGAUGUCAAACGUCUACGAGAAAAUGAUAAGCCUUAUAGAAUCGAUAAUCAAAAUCGUAAGGUUUUCAUCAAUUCAAAUGAUACAUCAAAAAGUUUUAAAAAUGGAAAUAAUUCAGGUAGAAUAUCUGCUAAAGAUCGUUUAGGUACUGUUGUAACGGAUGAAGACCAGAAUCCUGUAAAAGAAGAAUAUGAUGAUGACGAAAUGGAUGAUGAUCCUAUACCGAAAAAAACACUUCAGUCUCAAGUUAUGUUAUCAUCAAAAAUAAUGAAAUCUCGUACUGAAGUAUUAGCUGCUCAACAAGGUGAUCAAGUGACAAAAGAACGAAAUAGACGUAUGUUUGGAUCCUUAUUAGGCACAUUACAAAAGUUUAAAAAAGAAGAAACUCAGUUGAAAGAUAAAGAAGAAAAAAAAGCUAAAAUUGAAAGAAGACUCGAAGAAGAAGCGCUUAAAGAAAAAGAAUCUUUAGUUAUUAGAAAAAGAGAAUUAUUUAUGCAAAGAAAACAACAGCAGAGGGAUAUAAAAAAUAUAGAAAUUAAAAUGGGAUUGGUAAGGAAUUUCGAAAUAUUUGAACGUCAAAUAAAUUGCACAAUGAACUUUAUUAAAACGGAAUUUGACCCCUCGGUCUUUUACUUGCCUAAAAUACAUAAUGAAAAGACUGAAAAAAAAUUGGAAAAGACUCGUACAUAUUUGAGCAAUAUUUUAGGAAAAAAGAGGAAUAUGGUUGAAAGUCAAAUAGAAAAGUUAUUACAACCUGAUGAUGAACAAAUGGAGUAUGAUGAUAGAGAAGAAGAUGGAGAUGUAAAAGUAGCUGAUGAAGAGGAAGACGCUGAUGUUGAUGUUUAUGAAAGGCAUCAAGAUAAUGGCAAUUUUAACUAUGAUUAAAAGUAAUUUAUUUAAAAUAAACAUUAAAUGCAAAUGACCUCAAUAAUUUGUAUAUUUUAUUGUAAAUACUG